AUGUAUGCGUCAUGGGAGGGGGAGGAAGAUGAAAACGAGAUAACCCUCCAGGAGUGCACGCGCAUUCAGAAACUUUCUCGUGCCGUAGAUGAACUUGUCGCGUGGGACUUCAUUAUGAAUGAGAAAGAAAUUAUUCUUACAGAACUAGAAAAAACUAUUGGAGUCGCUGAGGAAGCGAUUUCUCAGGCAGGGAAAUCACUAGAGUCUCAACGCCGACGUUGUGCACUUCUUCCAGUUGGUCAGCACGACAUGAGUGAAGAAGGAGGCAAACGAAAGCCGAUUGCAGCGAGAGGUGAUAAUCGUGAACUGAACGCACUGUGGAGCGAACACGGAAAUAAGUUUAUUGAACAAUACGAACGACAUUUGGCGAGAUACAAACGAGUGUGGCGUGAGCUUUUAGAGGAAGUUGCAGUCAAAAAUGAUAAUACUACUACUACUACUACUACUACUACUACUACUACUACUACUACUACUACUACUACUACCACCGUUAAUGCUGUAGAAAGCAAAACCGACAAGAAAGCUGAAGUGAAGUAA